CAGAGGCGCCUGAGCCGAUCCAGAAACCUCCAGCUCCACGCCGAAGUGCACAUCCGAACCGAACCCUCCAGCAUGAAGGUGUCCGCAUCCCUGCUGUGCCUGCUGCUCGCAGCCGCCACCCUCAGCACCCUGGUGCUCUCCCAGCCAGAUUCCGUUUCCAGCCCGGUCACUUGCUGCUUUCAGAUGUCCAGUAAGAAGAUCCGCAUCCAGAGUCUGAAGAACUACACCAGAGUCACCAACAUCCAGUGCCCCCACGAAGCUGUGAUCUUCCUGAGCAAAAAGAACAAGGAGAUCUGUGCUGACCCCAAGGAAAAGUGGGUCCAGGAUUCCGUGAAGUACCUGGACAGGAAGUCCCAAGCUCUGAAGCCUUGAACCCUCACACCUGCGUGGAGAGACCGCCAGCACCUGAGGACAAUCUUAUUUAUUUCCCUCAACCUUCCCCAGAGUGCAGAGUGCUAUUAUUUUAUUCGAAUGUACAAAAGUAGUGCUUUGGUGAAUAAUUUAAAGCACAAGCUUUCCUGUAUGAUAUUUAAUUAUAUUUAAGUUAUUGAUGUCUUGACUUUCUCUGCCACAAACCCUAACACAUGUAUAGUCUGGCGACGUGUGUUCUGUUCCGUGAGCUCCGCCGAGUUCAUGACGACGCACCUGUCUGCCCUGUCACGUGCCGUCAGUAUUGUGGAGUCCUCUGUGGGCCGUCAGAGUGAAGCUCUCUGUAUUUUUUUAGAAAAAUCAGUGCUUUUGUAAAUGUUCUGCAAUGUUCUUGAUGAAAUUAGUGUUAUUAGAAAGCUAUGGAAUUUUCAAAUAAAAACAUGUGUAAUUUUA